GAUACUGUUGUGCCCAUUAUAAAAGUAAUUUAUAUUAAUAUUUAUAAAUAAUUGAUGGACGUAAACAAUCGAACACGGCAAUGGCUGAAUGCUCAACACAUCAGCGUUCCUCCGGAAUGGCUGGACGCCUGUGUGGAUUUCUUACAUGACGAACAUCGGAUCCAGGGCCAGGCCAUUCCUGAGAACAACAUCAGGCAACUCGUACUGGAGCAGUGGUUAGUAACUGACUUAAAAGAUCUAAAGUGUGGGUCUCUACCAAGUGGCUUGUGUCAAAUGCACACAAAUACCCUUACAGGAUCUCAUGCUCUGCAGGUUGAAUCUUUUAUGGAUGUUAGCAAACCAGCCUAUAGUCAAUUGCAGCAGCUGUGCGGCAAGGCAAAUGAAAAUGCUCUUAUAGAUGAAUCCAAACCAACACAGACAAAUUGGGAGCCACAAUCAGGCAGAAUGCUAAUGAUGGACAUAACAGAUGGAGUGCAGCUUCUAAAAGCAAUGGAGUACAAACCCAUCUCUGCUCUAACUCCAGAUUUACCACCUGGAACAAAGGUUAUGGUCCAGGGACCAUUACUGGUGAAGCUAGGCACAUUGUUACUUAAACCAGAGAACAUUAGAGUGCUUGGUGGGGAAGUGGAUGCUCUACUCCAGACACAUUCACGCAUUGCACUACUUUCUCAGGCUGUAGGGGAAGAAUUUCCUGUGGAAGCCAUUGUUCAAUCACAGGAUGAUAUAGCUGUUUUGGGGACAGCAGAAGAAAGUAUGGGAGCACAGACUGCAGUGGCCAGAUCUACGACAGGAUCUAUCUGCAGUGAAAGCCUGCCACCUCAGCUGCGUGGCCCCAUCGAUGAUGAUCACUUACUGGAAAUGAUGGAUACCAAUGAACCAAACUUCUUGCAACCACAGAAAUAUGAUACUCUGAUGGAGGAUGAUGAUAUAGAUGACGAGCUACUGAUGGAGCAUCUAGACUUUCAGGGUCAAGCAGCACAUUCCAACUCCAGCGGUACACACCUUAGUGGUCUCAGUUCAACACGUGACCAUGAUGGUCAUCAUAGUGCUGCACAUGUGCAGGGAGCUGACAAGGCACGUUACACUACAAGUCCUGCUGAUCAUUGUGCCACCCAUGAGAAUCCAUCUGAUGGAAGGCAUCCAUCUGCACAACCAGGGAGUGUAGGCGGGCGUGGAGAUGGCAGUCGUGUUAGUUGGCCACAGAAUCUCGAAAAUGGAGGUGUGGAUUGCCAGCAAUCCAAUCCAAACUCAUGUAAGCAUGGAGUGUCAACUGUUGCCCAAGGCGCACAGGCAACAAAGUCGGAUUCUGCCCAGUUGAGACAUUCACCGAUCAAUAGUGCGUUUUGUACGGCACUAGGAGGUCACAUAAGUGCAGCGGGAGACAGUUCUCCUCACACAAAUCAAGCAACGACACAUGGCUCAAUGCCUGAUAGUGCCAUCGACAUAACAGAUGAAGAGCUUUGUCGUGUUGAUGAUGAUUUUGAAGAUUUUGCACCGGCAAGGAAGAUAGGAAGAAUUGGCCAUCACGGAGAUACACUUCAGGAGACUCGGUGUAAAUCUACUGCAGUCGGUGCAGUGUCUGGUAUAAACUGCAGCAGUGGGCAGAAAAAGGUACCGCCCACGCUUUGUCCUGGAUUGCCAAACACACGCAAUGUGUCUCCAGACACUCUGUCGUUUCGUCAAGGUUUUGCUAAGGUUGAGCACCCUGAACAAUCGUUUUCUCAUGUGGACAGCCUACAGAACAUGCUUGCCAAUUCUACAUGGAGUUCGGCCGUAAUCCGGGGAUUCGUGUCAACCCUUACGUCAAAAUUGGAGAAUGACAAGGGAAAGUUGUGGAAGCUCACGGCCAGGCUCAGUGAUGGGACCUCUUCUCUCAAUGUUGACCUUGGAGAUGAACUGCUGACAUCGCUGAUUGGAUUCAGUGCUUCCCAGUGCAACGAAAUGAAGGCUCGAGUCAAGCAUGAUCCGGCGAUUAAGGAUAGAAUACUCAGUGCACUUGCCGAUUGCCAGGUAAAAUUAGCAAACCUAUAUGGCGUGCUGGACAUCCAGAUGCAGAGUAGUCAUCAGCGGCCAGUGCUAGUGUCCUGCCGAUGUUUGACCGAGCAUGAUGUUGAAGAGAUACCGACACAUUUAGAGGUGUGCAAGACCAUGGAUCCUGUGCCUUACCCUGAACUGUGUGGUGCAGACAGAAGCAAGGCCAUUGGUGCACUAGAUUGUCUACCAUUUAGCAGCCUGGACAAAGUGAAAAUAUUGCUCCCCCACAUCACAGGAAAACGUGUAAAAUUUAAGGGGUUCAUUGCAGCCAUUACAUCUGAGAUUAAUUCUGGUGGCCAGUCCUGGGCUAUGCAGGCGACAGUUAGUGACGGCACGGCUUACUUGGAGGUAGAACUGUGUGACCACUACGUGUCAGCACUAUUGGGAUUCACUGCAGCCGAGAGUAAGAUGGUAAAUGCCACUGACAUGCAACAGGCUGGCAGUAGUCUUCGGAGCCACCUGUACAAUCUCUAUGGAGUCUUCAGCGUUAAUGUAGAAGCCAAUCAACAGCGUCCGAUUGUAACCUCAUGCCGACCCGUUACGCAGGACGAUCUGCAUCAGCUACGGCAGACAAAAGCUAGGUGACCGUGAUCAUUACUAGGUUUUGUUAUUGAUAGAUAAUUUGUCAGUCGUAUUUUUGUAACUGUUGGCUUGGAUAAUGGUGUAAGCUUUCUAAAACAUGAAAAAAUGUCACUAAUGACCUUCGCCAAGCCUAAUAGCUAUCAGUUUUCUUGCAUUGUAUAGUGAAGUGCCUAAUAGAAUAUGACGGGACAUGGCACAAGAUGGAAAAGCAUUGUUCAGUUACUUUAGCAGAAUUUGUGUCGUAACCCAUGAGGGAUUAUUUAAUUUGUUCUACUAGUAACCAUAAUAAAAUAUUGCUGAAUUGUGAGAAUAGUA